UUGAUCUCUCACCUAUCAAUUCAGAUAAUGAAAAAUCUUCAAUUCCUAGUAGGAUCCCUUCUGUCACUGCCUGAAGGAAUAGGAAACAUCUGCCCUGGUCUUGAGAAAAGAGUAGAAAAAUGUAGAGAGCCAGCUUGGCCUGAGCUCCCCGCCGUUAGUUGGUUGAUACCUUUAUAAGUAGCACUGUUUUUAGCUUUAGUGUAAUUAAUGAAUGUUUGCAUUUUUCUUGGGUACAUUUUAUGAUGAUAUAAUAUGUUACUGAUACUACUGUGAAUAGUCAUCUCUUCUUCCGGAUUAAGCCGUCUGUUACAAGGUUUGAAUUCGAGGUUCGAGCUGUUAACCACUGGCAUUGGGGCAUUCCUAGGGGACACUAAUGAGACAUUAAUGAAUGUUUAUGGACUGUUUUCAUUAGGUGAUUUUGAUUUGUUUGCAAGUGAAGCUGCCGUUGACCUUAAUGUAGGGGCACAGGAAGUGUGAAUGGAGCAGUCUCCCACUUGAGAAGGGGCUUUACAUUCACAUGUGGGCAUUUAAGUUUCUUUGCCCAUGUCUCCAAAAUGGGUAUCCCCUCACACCUAACCAAAAAGGUCCAAAAGUGCAACUGGCCGGUGCCUAAUGUGCGAUGGUGGUGACACAGGCCCUUCUGGUAGGACCUUUCAUAAGCUGAUAUCCAUGUGUUGUGCUGUUGCAAUGAAUGCUGUUUCCCUUUCUGUGAAUUGAUUGAAGAUUAAAGGGCACCAAUGGAAAAGGGAAGGGAGAACUCUUGAUUGGAUAGAAAUACACAUUUUGUGGACAUAACUAUCCUUUUCAGGGCGUGAUGGACCAUAACAAGCAAAGCUAUAUAGCUUCAUAGGGUUUGCCAAAGUACAGGCUGUUAGAUGGCCAAUUCAAACUACCCACCUGCCUGUUUAAAGUUUGCGGGGUGGGGGGAUGGAGUUUGAGUAAAUAUUUGCAAGAACGUAGUAAAUCCUGCUCUGGAAA